CACCGCUCGUUAGACCUGGUGCGCACGUCUCGCACUCACAGCGCGUGGGAUCACAUCUCUGCUCACCUCGUGGGGGAGGGGGCAGCUUACCAGUGACAAUUUCUUCGCGAGCCUUUUCAGAGGGGACACCUACCAGUGUCUUAGCAUGACUUAUGUCACUCGUGACAAGAGCCAGUGACUUUUCUUUUUAUGAGGACAAGAGUCCAUGUUGAUUUGGACCCAAAAUGUUUUGAUUCUUAAGUCCAAGUUAUACUGCUUCGAUCAAGGCAACGAUAAGCGUAAUGUCAGCUUGACACUAAAUAUUUAAAACAAAUUAACUGACCUGCACACCGUAAGCAUAUGAGAAUAGGAAAUUAAUUAAAAGCAGUAGCUAAAAUAAUUCAGUGUAUCUUAAGGACUUCUUAUAUAGUACACAUUCUAAAUCUGUUUCCUGCGUUAUAUCACCUCAGUUUGAUUACAGUGUUAACUUCAAAUGUAUCUUAGUGUCAUAAUUAUCCUAAGAGCUUCCUAUCUCGCGUUCGGACGUACCUAACAUUGAAAAGGUUCCUACCAGCGCUGUCAUAUCGACUUCAAAGAGUUAAAACUGGUCUAUGAACUGUGGUGGCAGGUCGACUUUCUUCAAAAAAACGGACCCUAAAGCUCUGGUGAUGUAUCAAGACCACUUGGACACUUUGGACCAUAGGAUGGACCGUAGCGGCAUCACACCCUUCACGCUGUCCGUGGUGGCCACACAAAACGUGUUCAUGCAUCGUCCGAUGGAUUUGAAGUCUGACUGCAGAGCUCGCCCAGCUUCUGCAAGUUCCAGUCCACAGGGAUCUCCGAAUCAUGGUUCCCCACAUCAUGGUUCCCCGCUAACAGUUUCCAAAACGCCCAGCCCGAGUUUGAACCUGUCUCUCUCAACGGAAGUGUGCGCGGUGGGGUCUCCAGGGUCGAGUUCCAGUCUCUCCCCAUCUUCAGGAGUAGGCCCCAUCAAGAAAAACACACCAGGUUUGUUGUGUGUUGUGUGCGGUGACACGUCCAGCGGGAAGCACUACGGAAUUCUGGCCUGUAACGGAUGUAGCGGUUUCUUUAAGAGGAGUGUGCGACGCAAACUUAUUUACAGGUGUCAAGCAGGUACAGGAUUGUGUACAGUAGACAAGGCCCACCGGAACCAAUGCCAGGCGUGCCGGCUCAAGAAGUGCAUACAGAUGGGCAUGAACAAGGAUGCUGUCCAGAAUGAAAGGCAGCCCAGGAACACUGCCCAGGUCAGGGAGGACCAGAUCGAGCACGAGCUGGAGCACCCUUUGGUGCCCUCCAACGCCACGGUCAGCGCCACGCACCCGGCUUUCAGCCCAGGGGCAGGCCAUCGCUUUAUGUCCUCGCUGAUGAACGGGGAGUCCGGCGCCAACAAGAGCGAGCAGGAGGAAACAGGUGAUGAGAACAUUGAUGUGACCAGCGUGGACACGGAGCCACACCACCAGGCCAGCCACGCGCACCACCCACAUCCGCACCCCAGCCUCAUGUAUACGGACAGCGCCAUCUACCCCCCAGGACACGAGACACUAUACGAGUGCUCGGCCAGACUUUUGUUCAUGGCAGUCAAGUGGGCCAAAAAUUUGCCAUCAUUUGCCAAUUUGCCAUUUCGAGAUCAGGUCAUUCUGUUAGAGGAGGCUUGGAGUGAGCUGUUCUUACUGUGCGCCAUCCAGUGGUCCAUGCCUAUGGAGGCCUGCCCCCUUUUUGCCAUACCUGAUCAUCUGCCCCUGAUGGCCAACACAAAGGCGUCUCCAUUUUCGGACAUGAGAAUACUCCAGGAUGUGAUGACCCGAUUUAAAACAGUUCAGGUUGACCCUGCGGAAUUUGCAUGUCUGAAAGCCAUUGUCCUCUUCAAAUCAGAUACCAGAAGUCUCAAAGAUCCUCAUCAAGUAGAAAGUUUGCAAGACCAAGCCCAGGUGAUGUUGGGUCAGCACAUUCGAGGGCAGCACCCAGCGCAACCUUUCAGGUUUGGUCGUCUGCUGCUCACGCUCCCAACCCUGAGAUAUGUUCCAUCAGACAGGAUAGAGCGACUCUUCUUUGGGAGAACCAUCGGCAAUACGCCCAUGGAAAAGUUAUUAUGUGAUAUGUUUAAAAGCUAACGUGCUUGACCCGGUAGGGAACUCUUCUCUGGAUGGCAAAGGAAAUAGUGUAACUCGUCUGCUAAAAAUGCGUUAUUGGCAAAUCUGAACUGAUUCAGGGCUAUAUCAAGGACAAACCAAAACGAUGUCAGCUGGAUAUUUGCUGGAGUGACUUUAGUGACUUUCUAGUCAUUUGUGUUUUAAUUCAAACAAACAUUGUAUGUGGUAAAUCUAGUUAGAUCUACAAAUGGAUAAAUAAAUUCACUGUUACAACCUAAAAUAAUAAUAAACACAUUGACAUCUGCAAACAAGGCAGACUCAAAGCCGUGUUAAGAAAUCUUCCUUGCACAGAUGACGUCACAGACUUUUGGCUCCCCUGGCGCCAUCUGACGGCCAAGUCGGGGGGUUGAUAAUUCAUUGUUACCAUGUGUGUGUACAUAUUGGACGAGGUCUGCGUUUUCUUUUCUGUUUUCUGUGUCAUAAUAGAGGAAUACAUUUUUAUCUUUAAAAUUACUGAUGCUAUUUUUUAAAAAAAGAAGAAGAUUAUUAAGUCUGAUAGAAAAACAACUUUAAAUUUAUUGAAUUUGGACCAGACUGGGUCAAGGACGUUGUCAUAGCGCGCCAAAAACAAACGAAUAAAUACUUCUAUGUUAAUAUAGACAGAAUAGAUAGUUGAAAUUUAUAAAUUGCGACAUUGUUGUUUCCCUUCUGGGAUUAUGAUAUAUAUCUUGUAGUUUUGAAAGAGAGACAAAAAGCAGAAACGGGGGUCUUGAAUAAAAUAGCUUUUACAAAUUUGAAUAAAUGUUUUUAUGCAAGUAAUAAUGUGGGUAUAAUAUUGAAAAAUUACGAAACCAAGAGACGACCCUUAAGAUUUUGGCUGAUUGACCUUUAUGACCUUUAGCCCAUCUCGGGACAUGGUUCCAUGACUAACAAGUUAGGAUAAACUUUAAAAAUUGUUAUCCUCCAGUUACCCCCCGAAUAUUGUUGAACGUCUGCGAACAGAGAUAGUUUUCCAUUUAGUGACGGUGUUCAGGCCAGCUUACAGACCAUUUCUUGAUAAUAUUCAAAGCUUUUGGUUCAGUUCUUUUAUAUCAAAUCUUCUGCUGUAAAUACACACACACACACACACAAAAAGACUAAAGAUCGUAGUUUAUCUUGUGUAUUUGUUUUCCCGCCAUUUUGUUAAAUCUGGGAGUUGCUGUGCUGAGCUAGUGAAAAACAUAGCAUGUUAUUUUUUCCUUGGCACAAGGAGCUUACAAAAGAGCUUACAACUCGGCAGCAAAAAGCUUGCUAGAAGAAGAAUCAUCUUGUAUAUUUGUGGGCACGAGGAAUCAGCGGUGGAAACACGGGGAAUUUUUUUUUUCUGGAUGACGUAAUGUGGAUCGCGCGCUGAAAACAUGUCUCAUACGUCACUUUUGGUAAUGUGAUUGGAAUAUUUUCCAUUGGCUGUCUACGAAAUAUAAGCCCAGUUUCUAAGUUAUUUGAAUUGGGUGAAGAUCAAGAUGCAUACCUGGGUAGCUAUCUAGUGCCAACACUCUGGAUGUGACUAGACUUCUAUUUGGCUAUGACUCGAUAUGAAAGAAGUAUCACUAAUUACUUAAUGUCUUUCGAAUCGACAGCAGCAAUUGGGAUAAAGAUGCGCAGGAUAGAUCCACAUGGAGGGCAAGAAUAGGGAAAUGGUCCGCCAUCGCUGAGGAUGAAGACACGCCGGAAGUAGAAAGAAGAAGAAUGAGAUUGCUGCAGCGUCUGAUGAUUUCAAAAGUUUAACCUUUGACAGCGGAUGUGUCUCUAGGAUUGGCCUAUUUAGUCACGUGAGAGGUAGCCAAUGGAAAAUAUCGUCUCACGACACGUACAAAGCCACAGACUUGUUAGUAUUGUUUUUAUAGGCAGACUGAAACAAUGUUAAAUGUGCAAUCAAUGUCUAGGACCUCGCAGCAACGUCUCCUGUAAUUAGCAUAUUUCGUGUUCAGUUGACUAAAAAAAAUUAAUCCAUAAUGUGUAAAUAAAGUACAAAGGUUUGAUCAUCUUGACAUGUUUUCCAUUUGUUUGGGCUUUGAUUAUUUCAUUGUUGUAGACUUAGCUGUUUUUAUCACUUGUACCAGAAAACAUAGCAUGCACUCUGACGACUAAACUGUGAGUUGGCAAGCGACUAGAUUGUAUAAAAGGAUUUCACUAGCAGUGGUCUAGCUAGAGUGA